AAAGACAUGUCCAGUCUUCUACUUGAUAUUGAAGUUCUGAAUAUUCAUAUAUUUUCAAAAUAUAAAAAAUGGGUAAUAUCCCCUAUCGUUUAUUAAUGCAUUUAAGAGUUCGAAAAGAUCAUGAUGCAAUUUCUCCAGUUGACUAUAAAGAUUUUGAAACAAUGAAAAGAAUUUGGCAAGUGAUAGAAACUGAUAGCUCGUACUAUGGGUUUGCUUUUUGCACCGUGAUUUUUAAAAAUCAUCCGCAGUAUGCAAAAUACUUUGAAGACGAAUCGAUUCCAGAAUUUAUUCAAGAAGCUAAAGUUAAGAAAAAGUUUUCUAUUAUUUGUGACAUGUUAUGUGCCCUGUUUGUGGAUUAUCAUGAUAACCCUUCGCAAAGGGAAUAUCUUCUUGGAUACAUUGCAAUGGUUCAUAAAAAUAUGGGAUUGACCUUGAAAGAUUUAGAAAAUUUUCUGGGAGAUUUAAUGGAAACAUUGGUUAUGGAAUUACCGAAUGUUAUGACGGAGGAAUGCGUUUCGGUGCAAACGAAAUAUUUUCAUAAUUUAACAAAUAUACUGUUAAUACGUAUGGACGAACACGAAAAAAGAUUUACGAAAAUGUUAAAUUCCAGUGAUACGAUAAAAAAGUGUUGCACUUGGUGUACCGGCAAUGAGCCACGAGUGAUAUAUGGUUUUCCUUUAAAAUAUUGGCUUUAUAAAAAACGAUACUGGGAGUAUCGAAAAGCAGUUUGGGUAGCGGUAGAAGCGGAUAUGUUAAGAGAUUUUCAAAAGGGUUCCGCGGGACACAGGUUUAAACGCUUAUUUUUCGAUCAUAAGACUACGGAAACUAGAAAGGUUCACCGUAAAAGACGAACGGUACUAGCAUCGAAUAGUUCGGAGAGCGAUAUUAUAGUUGGAAGAAAAGAGAGUUUCGGUCAAAUGUCAAGAAAAUCAAGCGAAGAUAGGUCAAGGAGAAUAAGCAACAGUCCGUAUAAAGCAGAGAAAGAUCCUUUUAGAUCUUCAGAGCUGGAAUUUGAUCAAGACGUUACUUAUAAUGAUAAUACUGAAAAUAUGCGCAUCGUUGCUGCAGUCGUCCCAUCUAAAGUAGAAAUUAAUCGCAAAGAUGAAGAUAUGGAAACUUUAAGUUCAUUAAUCGCAUCAGGAAGUGAUCUAAAAUCGCAAAAAGCAACAUCAAAUCAUACAGCAAGAGAACGUAAACGAAUACGUAAUUCAAUCAUUCGAUUAAAUUAAUAUUUACUUUCACGCUGAUAUCGCAUUUAUUUGUAUUACCGUA